UACAAGCGCAAAUGUGUCGCUGCAUCUGCAGGUUUGCAGUCCUUCCCCCUAUUUUAACGCAGCGUAUUCAGGCAAAACCUGAGGAAACUGUAAUGAAAUUAAAAUAAGUAAAACACAUUCCAAAAGAAAAAUCUUAAAAAAAAAAAAAAAACCCUGUAAUAAACAAAUAAAGCGUGAAGAAACCUGAUUUUGAAGAAGUUACAGUGCCCAAUUUUUUGCGGUAAUUUCCUUAAUACUUUAAAUGGUGCACCUGAUAGAGAGCUGAAGCCAUGAGUGGAAUUUUAAAAAGAAAGUUUGAAGAAGUGGAUGGCUCCUCACUGUGCUCCUCUGUACAUGAAUCUGACGAUGAGGUUUUGAGCAGCGAGAGCGCGGACAGCAGUGACAGCGUUAACCCUUCCACCUCCAGCCAUUUCACACCAUCCUCAAUACUCAAAAGGGAGAAACGUAUGCGAACGAGAAAUGUUCACUUUGAAAACGUGACUGUGUAUUACUUCACGCGACGACAAGGUUUUACCAGCGUCCCCAGCCAAGGAGGGAGCACGCUGGGCAUGUCCAACCGACACAACCGCGUCCGACAGUACACACUGGGAGAGUUUGCUUUGGAACAGGAAAGAAUUCACCGUGAGAUGCUGAGAGACCACUUAAAAGAAGAGAAACUCAACUCAAUAAAGCUAAAGCUGACUAAAAAUGGUACCGUGGAGUCUGAAGAAGCCAGUGCCCUUACAGUGGAUGAUAUUUCAGAUGAUGACAUUGAUCUAGACAACACUGAGGUUGACGAGUAUUUCUUUUUACAACCUUUGACAACCAAAAAAAGGAGGGCUUUACUGAGGGCAUCCGGGGUUAAAAAGAUAGAUGUGGAAGAAAAACAUGAGCUUCGUGCAAUCCGUGUGUCAAGAGAGGACUGUGGCUGUGACUGCAGAAUCUUCUGUGAUCCCGAGACCUGUGCUUGCAGCAUGGCUGGAAUUAAAUGCCAGGUGGACCGUAUGACCUUCCCUUGCGGCUGCACAAAGGAAGGCUGCAGCAACACAGCAGGCCGAAUCGAAUUCAACCCCAUCAGGGUACGGACUCACUUCCUGCACACUAUCAUGAAGCUUGAACUGGAGAAGAACAGGGAGCAGCAGCAGGCAUCUACGGCAAAUGGUUACCAUGGUGAAAUGAAUGUUCACAGUAAUCCCCUGGUCCAGGCCCAGCAUAGUCUAGAAUAUUCCCUCACAGAUGCUGUUCCACAGACUGCAAUAAUGCACCUUCAGGCAGCUGAGGAGCUAGAUGAACAAGGAGAGGAGGAGGAAGAGGAAGAGGAGGAGGAGGAGGAGGAGGAGGAGGAGGAGGAGGAGGAGGAUGAAGAUGAUGAUGGGAGUAGUUUAUGUAGUGGUAUAACAGAUUCUAGCACUCAAAGCUUGGCAGCUAGCGACUCGGAUAAUGAUGAUGACGAUGAUGAUAUUGAUGAAGAUAAAUUGGAUGAUUUUGGGGAAGGAAUCGCCAAACCUUUUGUGUCGCACACAGAAGUGGUACCUCUUUCUUCUGUAUUGUGUUACUCUGAUAGUACAAUGAUCCAUGAAAAUUGCAAUGAAACAAAUUCUUACUACACUAACUCUUCAGCAGAGUAUUAUCAAAUUGAAAAUCCUAAUACUGCUACAGCAGCAGUUAAUUCCGUGACAAACCAAAACAAUGAGGCCUACAAUGAAGCUUCAUCCUCUUCCGAGAGGGUUACCAAUAACAAAGGGACAACGGCACUGGUGCCCUACAAUGUGACAUCUGAGGAGUACCCGGACUAUACUAGUCAGCCCGAAGAAAACUAUGGCAAUCAUCAGUAUCCAGCUGCAAGUGCAGUACCCUCGGUUAUUGUUUGUUGUUCUGCAGAUCAGGACAAUAGUGUUCAGUGCAAUGGUAUAUAUGGUGAACAGACACCAGAUCGCUCCCAGAUGGAGUUUCACAACUACCUAAACAGUAAUUCCCAAGAUUGCUAUGUUGCUAACGGAAGUUGUUUUCCAGCUGAGCAGCCGAAGGAGAUUUUAGCAGGGCUCUCUGAAUCCGCUGCACUCUCAGAAAACAACAACAACCAUAUCAAGAAAGCCACAGAGCGGGACAGUGGGCCAGAAGCCACACCAGUUUAGUGUUUCAGGUCACUCUCCCUUGUUUUUUUUAUUGUUCUUAUUCUUACUUUUACCAUUGCCAAAAUCAUUUCCAUUUUUAUUUUUGGGGUCAAAAGUAUUGGCUAAUGCAUCAGAUACAGGAUUUUUUUUUUUUUUCUCUCAGCACUUGUGAAUUGAUUACACAUGUUGAUGUGGCUGUUGUUGUUGGAUUUCUUUUAGUUUUUUUGUUGUUCUUAUUCCCCCAGACCUUGUCUGUUUUAAUAUACAGGUUCUAAAUAACUUGUGACCUUUUAAAAAAAAAAAAAAAUAAUACCUGUGAAAUAUUGUUGUUUUAAAAUUCAAGUGAAGCAAGAUGAAGAGUUCAAAAUUGUAAGCUUUUCUCGUAGGCCUGUGCUAUGUAAGUAUCUUGUAAUUUCAAAGUAACCUUUUAAAGGUUUGUUUUCAACAGAUCUUGUGGAUAGAACUUUUAUAUGUUCAUGUGGCAAUUGUGAAAAAAAAAGUUUACUGUUCAAUAUGUAAUUUAUUUAUGGGGUUAUGAAGCAUAUGUUUAUUAAGUGUUUUGAUAAUGGGUAGCAUGUUAUUUUUGAGCUAAUGCCAUUGAAAAUCCAUAAUGUACUGAAGGACACAAAAUGUUGACUAAUCCUACAUUCAAUGUACUGUGUGUGUGUGUGUGUGUGUAUAUAUAUAUAUAUAUAUAUAU